UCUGCGUUUUACGGGCGAAGGCAGCGAUCUUUCGAAGAGCUGAGACAAAAUGGCCGCCGAGAGCAGGAGGAGGCGCUCUAGCGCCGCGUCUCUGUUCCUCUGAGUGUGCUGGCGGAGUUGAGUCUCGCCGAGUUGGGAGCUGAGCGCUAGCGGGCCCGAAAGAGUCGCUGGGAGGGAGGGGUCGGCAGCCGCGAGGCGACGUGUUAACGCGGCCGCCUCAGUGACUUUUGCUCCGGAGCCGCCUCUGCCUCUCGGGAGGCUUCUGUUCGCCCUCCCUGUCCUCCGCCGGGCGCCUCGUCCCAUUGCUCUCUCCUCGCCCGUCCCGCGUGUGUGUCGCCCCGCGCCUUCUCUCCUCGCCCGCCCGCGGCUUCCCUCCAAAACCUGUCGUGGCUUUGGUCCGCCUUUUAAACCCCUGGGAGACGGCUUCUGGCUCCCUCUGUUUGGGGUGGGAAAGGGUUCUCCUUUCCUUUUGCCUCAGCCAGAAUCGUGUCUCUGGGUCUUCUGAAUCAGCCGCAUAGGCUCACUCCUCAGUUCCCCCUCCAAUCCCAGGAAGACGGCCGCCUUUCGCUUCCCUAUCUCUCCUCGAUUGGGGGUGUUCCUCCCUUCCCUCUUUCUCUGCCUUUCAGGCUCUCUCCCGGGAAGAUCCUGUCCUGCCCUCCCUGCGUACCUGUAACUAACUUUCUGUGGGGCUGCCAGAGCCUCCCGCUCCCCUCUCCGGAACUAUCCCUUUUGUCUGGGAAAAUUGGCUCUCCUCCUGUGUCUGUCUUCCCUGUUUGGUAUGUAACCAAAUUGCAUUGCUUCAUUGCUUCAACUCCACUGCAAUCUUACUGGGGAACAGUCCUCUCAAAUUUAUUUUUUGUUUGCAGUAACUGUAAAAUUUCCUUUCCUCUCUCACUUUUGAUUUUUGCUUUUGCUUUUGAUACUGCACAUUGUUGAUACUCGGUAUAUAUCCGGCUGCUUGUUUUGAAGACUUUCUGACUCCUUGAGGCAAACGUCCAGCCUUGAUUCCAUAGUGUUAUCAUCUUGCUGAAGGGCUUUCUCUCGCCUAAUUUUUAGUUCUGCUGCUUCUUUGAAUGUAACUUUUUCUGGUUACCAUAAUAAUUAGAUUGCGGGCAGUCUUUCCUAAUCAGAUUUUUUAUCACCAUCACUAACUCAGUGCAGUGUGGGUGAUACUAGUACUUCGAAAACUAAAGAGGAGGAUGCCAAGGAAACUGCUGUUACCUUAUAAAUCUGUGUUUUCUCACUCUCGAGUUCGAAGGGGGUUGCAUGAUUCUUUGGCAAUGAAUGCAGCCAGAAGUGGCUACCGGGUCUUCUCAGCAAAUUCCACAGCAGCCUGCACAGAACUGGCUAAGAGGAUCACUGAGCGUCUUGAUGCUGAACUUGGAAAAUCUGUGGUGUAUCAAGAAACCAAUGGAGAAACAAGGGUUGAAAUAAAAGAGUCAGUCAGAGGACAAGAUGUAUUCAUUAUUCAGACAAUUCCCAGAGAUGUGAACACUGCGGUAAUGGAAUUGUUGAUUAUGGCUUAUGCACUGAAGACAUCCUGUGCCAAAACCAUCAUUGGUGUAAUUCCCUACUUCCCGUAUAGCAAACAAAGCAAAAUGAGGAAGAGAGGUUCAAUAGUCUGUAAACUCCUUGCUUCCAUGUUGGCUAAAGCAGGUUUAAGCCACAUAAUCACUAUGGAUCUUCAUCAGAAAGAAAUACAGGGCUUUUUUAGCUUUCCCGUUGAUAACUUGAGAGCAUCGCCUUUCUUGCUUCAGUAUAUACAAGAAGAGAUUCCUGAUUAUAGGAAUGCAGUUAUUGUAGCCAAGAGUCCUGAUGCUGCUAAGAGGGCCCAGUCUUAUGCUGAGCGAUUGCGGCUAGGCCUGGCAGUUAUCCACGGAGAGGCUCAGUGCACAGAGCAAGACAUGGAUGAUGGACGGCACUCUCCUCCGACAGUAAAAAAUACUACAGUGUGCACUGGACUGGAGCUGCCCUUGAUGAUGGCCAAAGAGAAACCACCCAUAACAGUAGUUGGAGAUGUUGGAGGUAGAAUUGCCAUAAUUGUGGAUGACAUAAUUGAUGAUGUUGAAAGUUUUGUGGCAGCUGCAGAAAUCCUGAAAGAGCGUGGUGCUUACAAGAUCUUUAUCAUGGCUACUCAUGGUCUCUUGUCUGCUGAUGCCCCACGUUUAAUUGAAGAGUCCUCAAUUGAUGAGGUUGUGGUCACCAAUACAGUUCCUCAUGAAGUACAAAAACUGCAGUGUCCCAAGAUAAAGACUGUGGACAUCAGCUUGAUCCUCUCUGAAGCUAUCCGCCGAAUCCAUAAUGGAGAGUCUAUGGCUUACCUCUUCCGUAAUAUUACCAUGGAUGAUUAAAUUUAUUUUUUGUCAUUCUGCCAUUUGUUUCCCCAAAGAGAAGGGAAAAUAAUAUGUGCAUGAGACAAGAGUGCCAUAAAGUUGAUAGUGUAUUUUUUUUAAUAUUAUAAUGGGGCUGAGUAUUUUGAGCUGAGUUUCACUAAUCCUGCGUGGAGACUGGAGCAGGAUGCAGAGAGGCAUUGGAAUAUGUUGUUAAACUGUUUGAAUGAUACUAGCUGUGGCUUUUUGCUCUUGUUACAUCUUGUGUAUCAUGAGAGGCAACUGGGGGAUGACCUUAAAGGCUGAGAUUUACUCUACAUGCAUAUCUUCAAGUUGCAUGAAAGAAAGCAUAUUUUUCUUGCACUGCUGCAAUGCCUUCUUGCCAUCUUUGGAACCAUUUUUAAUGCAAUGGUAGGAGCAAUGUUUCCUUUUGUGAAAUGAUUGCUAAUUCAUUCAUUUUCAUCAACACUAGCAUAGUAUGAUGCUAUCUGGUUCCAAAGUUGUGGUAAAAAGUAGAAUGUGCUACCUCUUUUUUUUUACAGAAAACUAUGCCUGCCUAGCUGCUUGAAAGAGAAGUAUAGCAAUUCUACAUAUAAUGGUUGCUAUAGUUUGUGCUAAAAUAUAACGUUAUAGUUCAGUGGGAUUUGUAUGGUGUGUUUGUGCAUGGCACAAGAUGGGAUAUUUUAGUUAGAAAAUAUGGAGAAAUCAAUGCAGUCCUAUCUUACACCAUACAUAACUCUACUCUCUGAUACAGAAUGGUUAACCUAGUAAAAUGCACUCUGAUUUUUAAAGCACUCAGUUAGCAAUUACACUCACUGCAGUAUUUUACCAUUAAGGCCUUUGCUGGGAUGACUGAGCCUAUUUUGCAGUGCAGUGAUUCUUGAGCAUUUUAUUAGAUGUUAGCUUCUGGCUUGGAAGUGAAACUACCUACUUCCAUACAGUUUCCUUUUCUCCCCUGGCACGUGUUCCUAGGAUGCCAAAGUUUCAUCCCUAGAAUUUCUGCAACUCUCUCACAGAGGUCUCUUUGUGCUUGGAAUUUGCUUGUUUAAUCCCUGCAUAUCUUCAGAGUUUCAAUACAGAAAACUAGAUUUUAAUGUCAGAUCUAUUCCAAGUUUUUUUUAAUUAAGACUGAAUUGCACAUAUGGUAGCAAAAGAGCAGCAUGUUUUCCGCAUUCCAUUGAAUAGAUCUUGAAUUUUCUAAAAUACAAGGGCAUUACUUUCUUCAGAAAAGUUCACGAAGCCACCCAUCAUUAAAGCUAUUUUAUUUCAACUUCUGUUUUAUUUGAAAAAAGUCUAAGCCAUACUUACCUGCAUAGACCAACAACCCAAACCUGCUGUUGCAAUAGAUUGGGUGCAGGUAAUAGGAAGGUAAGAAGUGAGAUUGAGGAAAAAGAUAGCCUAGCCUGAUGCUAUCUGCAGAUGGAGCCUAAGCUAGGCCAAAUUUUAUUCAGCUCCUUUAAUCUAUAGUUUUUUUUAUUGGCUUUGUUUUGCUUCUUUUGGGGUUCAUGGGUUCUUAUAUCUGCUCCAAUAUCCUGUACCUUUUGACGCUUUAAUUGGAGAUAUUGUAUUGGGACUGUUUUUCUCCCAGUCACUAUUUUGACAUGCAUUGGAGGAAAAAAACACAUGCUGAGACCUUGCCACAGUUCUUCAAUUUCCUAGUAUUUCUUGUCUUGCUGCUCUUCUAGCCAGUCAGAGCAGUCCCUCCAUAUUCAUUUUGGCUUCUUCAACUUGUUCAGUUUUUUUUUUCCUAUUUGCUAUUAUCUGUUUUUUCUCUUUAGCAAAUUUCCCUUUUUACUUGUGUUCUUUGGCAGAUUUGAUCACUACAAGAAAUGCCUAAAAUAAGGUACCUGGUCCAGCAUGUAAUGAUUAAAAUAGCGGGAAGACUUGUCUUCUAGAAAUUCUUGAUGUAUUUUUGCAUCUUUUCUUAUUAAUAAUGUUAUUACAUCAAAAAUCUAAGAAGUGCAGAUGCAACCCUCAUUUUUUGUCAUAGCCCAGAUGGCUCAUUUGCUCAUACAGCUCUUUAUAUCUCAGCCCCUUAGAUAAAACAUUUCUCAGUCAUAUUGACCGUAUUGAAGCCGAAUACUGAAUAUUCUAUUCUGUUUUGACAGAAUUUUACAAGUAUUGCUCUGAGUAUUUAAUGCCAGGCAGGGUAUAAAUGAAUUGCUUAUUAUUUCAUUAAUACUAUUAUUAAUUAUCCCAUUAUUAUUGUUAUUACUAUUUCAUUAACACUGUUAAUCACUUAAUGAUAUUAUAGCAUCUUAUAUAUUUCUGCCUGAAUCUUCAUGACCAUGGAAAUAUUGUUCAGUUCUUUACAAUUAUAGAUCAUGUAUCUUACUCUCAUAUUCCUGCUUUAAAGGAACAGGAAGAAAAAUAUUCUUUGUCACAGGCAACCUAGUCCCAAAACAUACAAGUAAAUAUGAGGCUAAAGAGCAUUUAAUUAACUAAUCUAUACCAAAAGCACAGCUGUAGCAGUGGUCAACAGUGAAUAACAGAAUGCUGAAAGUACAGAAAGAACUGUUACCCCAGGUUCACAAGCAAUAUAUGCUGGCACAACUAAUGGAGUUUAAGUGCCUUAACUGUGGAAUGGUUAUUCUAAUUCACAUCAGUGAUUGCCAGAACAGAUCAGGCAUGGUCUUCCAGAUAGAUUAACCAAGAACAACUCAUGUUGAGUCUCUCAGAUUGUCUCACUGCAUGAGUUAUCAAAAAUAUAGAUAAUAUAGAUAAGUUGAUGUAGCAUCCUUUCUUCAUUUAUUGUUAGGAAAAAGGAACUCUUCUUAAUUUCCCUUACAUUUUCUCCACACAUCAAAGCAUAUUUAAAUAUCUUUCAAUCCAUAUUAGAGACAAAGAAGGCUUUAAGUCCAAGAAAGGUCUUGGCUGUUCAGCAAGCCAAGUCCCUUUGUUUAUAUGUGCCAGCAUGCAACUUAGCUACCUUUUGGUCUCAUACUGACUGCAGAGAUAUAUGUAAGUCUGGACAUGGGGACAUCUUGUUGUUUGAGUCUGGUUAACAAAUAAGAGCCUUCUGAGAUAAAAAGCAAUAUUUUGAGAUAGUCUCAUAAAUCAUAAAUGCUGAGUGUUUGAGAAAAGCCAUGUUUAACCCAUUACUGUGAUUUUCAUGGGUGGUGCUUGGGUUCAAAGUUCAAAACAUUUAUAUUAACUGUACUUUUUAAGGGUAAAUAGAUUUGGCUGAACUGUAGGUGAAGUCCACAGUGUGAUUUCUCUUCUAAACUCAAGCAAGUGGAGAUUUAUGCUGCAUGUGAAUUACCAGUUUUACAACAAUCAAAGCCAUCCAUAUAUAUUCUUGAGGAGUAAAAAUAAAGAUCUAUGCAAUGUUAUACUGCAGCAUUAAAACAAUAUUUGGGAUUUUGAUCUGCUUUAAGCAAAUUGGCAGGGCCAUGAAGUCCAGGUCACAGGAUCCAGGGGAAGAGUGAUGACUGAUUAGGAUUAAAGUAACGUAAACAAGUCAGGCAUGGCAUUUAUCUUUUGUGUGAUAGUAUAAAUAUGUCCUCAUUAAGCACAGAAAUCUAUUUGCUUUUAAACUGGCGGGACUUAUUUUUAUCUUGGUCUUAAAUAAAGAUAAAUAAGGAAUGCCUCUCCUGUUACAUCACCCUGAAUUUAUGGGAAGAUUCUGUCUCUUAUUAAGUUAUCUUUUGAACCAACUCUUUUGUUAGUUCAUGGCUUUUUAAGGAGCUUGCUUUUAGAUGUCAUAAUUCUCCCGUAAUAUUGGAGACCUCAAACUCUUACAGCAACCACAUCUUCUGUUUAUGAUUUUGUCUUUCCUGAUAUCUCCUUCCUAAAAUUUUAUUGUGGAGUCCUUGGGGUUCUCUGAGCUUGGUUCUUUUCUUGCAAAUGUUUCAUUA